CAAGAUGGGCGGGAAGGGGGCCUUCUCAUCCGUUUCACCCCGCCAUUUUUUCUCCUUUUUAAAUUAUUUUUAUUUUUAUCAAUAAUAAAUCUUUUAUUUCGAUGAAGAGAUUCUUUCAAAUCAUUAUGUGAUUGUAUUCUUUCGAUCGAAUUCUUCAUUAUUUUUUUAUUUUUUUAUUUUUGAUAAUCUUGUGUUUAUUUUUUCAAUUCCAAUGGACUUUCGAAACCCUAGCGAUAGAAGCGAAGGAUCAUCGAGAUCAACUGGGUUUUUUCUUCUUCGUUUGCUCAGCGAUGGCGCCGAUCUGUUCUCUCUGUUGCCUGAUCGGAUAUAUACUGUCGGAAGGGACAAGCGGCGCUGUGACAUCAUCGUCGUCGACGGCCGCCGUUGUGUCAGCCGGAUGCACUGCCAGGUCUUUUUCGAUGGCUCCAAUGGCAAACUGAGACUGGUGGAUGGCUUCUUUCUUCAAGCUAGGCCCUCUGUGAACGGGGUGUUUCUCAAUGGCCGGCGGCUUCGUAGAGGAGCCACGAAGGAUCUGUCAGUUGGGGAUGAGAUUUUGCUUGGUUGUAGGAACCGGUCAAGCUCCUGUUGCAUGGCGAGGAGUGGAUUUGUAGUAGAGAUGAUUGUGUUUCGUGGAGCGGCCGGAGGCUCUGAUGCACAUAAGGUGUUUGAUUCAAUGAGAGCAGUGGAUCCUGGGGCAUUGAGUGAUGUGGGGUUGAGAGCUAGAGCGGGAUUACUCUUGAGGUAUUGUGGCAAGGUUUUACAGUCUGCUGAUCCGGUGUCCUAUUUGAGGAAUUCUCUCCAUCUUGAGAUUGGCACCGGAAUUGCAGGUAUUGAAAAGAUUAGAGGCUCAGGUGACGAUCUCUUGGCAGCUGUUGCCAAGAAUUAUGGUCAUGUUGUUGUUCAGAGUGGCAAGGAUAGAGUUUUCUCGGGGAAUCCCAUCAAGAAGGUCAGGAAAACUGGUGGUCCUUUCCAGCCAAGGGAAGACAUAUUGUGGAGGAGUUGCAAUUCGAAUGGAAAGAAGUUGUUUCUCAAUAAACUGGAUCUAGUGGGGUGUGAUAUGGCUGAUCAGGGCAAUGUUGUUUCUUUGCUGGAGCUUUUUCACCCUGUUGAAAGCCUUGUGCGAGUGUUUGCUGCAACCUUUACCAGUGAUAUUCCUUGGUUCUUGUCAUCUUGUCGACUUCCUAGCCAUCUACCAAUUACAAUUGCGUGCCAUAGCACAGAAAGAUGUUGGAGUUCAAGUCAUGAUAAAAGAACAUCGAAACCAUACUCUUCUUAUCCAAAUUUAUUGCUUGUCUACCCUCCCUUCCCUGAUAUUAUAGCUUUUGGGAAAGAUCGCAAAAAACAAGGUGUUGCAUGCCAUCACCCAAAAUUAUUUGUGUUGCAAAGGGAGAGUGGUAUUCGUGUCAUCGUGACUUCGGCAAAUCUUGUUUCAAAACAGUGGAAAAAUGUAACUAAUACAGUCUGGUUUCAAGAUUUCCUUCGAAGAAGUUCUCCGGAUUAUUCAUCUUUAUUUGGCAGACCUGAACAUACAAAGUGUGACUUUGCUGCUCAACUAGCUGGGUUUAUUGCAUCACUUAUCAUCGACGUGCCCAGUCAAGCACACUGGAUUACAGAAUUAGCAAAAUUUGAUUUUACCGGGUCUCAAGGUCAUCUGGUUGCUUCAGUGCCUGGAAUAUAUGUGCAGAACCCACCCUAUUUUGGAGCUGAUCAUUGCUUGUCAGCCAAGCAGAUUGAGCGGUUACAGCCUAAUGCUGUGGACUUUCUUGGUUCAGCUCAUUCAUCAGUGGUAGGUUUAAGACAUCGAUUUAGUACCACAUCUGAUGCAACUGGUGCACAACUGAAGAUUCUGGCUUCAAUUCUUGGUAAAGGUCGGGAAAAUGCAAGUGGGCUCUUUGAAGUUCUUUUGCGAAGGAACAACAAUAUACCCGCUGAUGUUAAUGCUGUGAGCGUUCUUGUUGCUGACUUGGAUGAAUUUUCUGAGGGAGAUUGUUUACAACUGGGGUUUUUGCCUAGAGAUGUGGCAAGCUGGGUUUCUCCUCUUAGUGAUAGUGGUUUUUUCAGAUUUUCCGCAUUCAUUUAUCCUAAAGAAGCCUUGGCAGCUGCUUUGGACGAGAGCAACAUGAAAGCACAGCUAAUAUUGUAUGUGUCACAGGGGCCUAAGUUUUCUGAAAUUUCAAGGUUGAUUCAACCAAUGCAUGUGGUCCCUUUAUGCUCGCUUCUUGCAUCAAUUCAGAGAUGUUUAGGCCUAUGGCGCUUGGAAGAGGUAUUAUCUCAACACAAAUGGCCUGAACUUUUGGAGAAUGAUUUUGUAUAUGCUUCUUCAUCCAUUGGGACUUCAGUCAGCACACAAUUUUUAGCCACCUUCUCGUCAGCUGCUGGGAAAAGGCUUUAUGAACAUGUUGAUUCUGAUGAAUCAGACCCAGAGUGGGGUUGCUGGAGCGCCAAGCAUGAGGCUAUAAAUCCUUCCAUGAAGAUCGUAUUCCCAACCAUUGAGAGAGUAAAGAAUGGUGCUCAUGGAAUCCUGCCAUCAAGAUUUAUGCUCUCUCUAUCAGAGAAAACAUGGCAGAGAUUGAGAACUACAAACAUAUUCCGUGAUGCAGUUCCUAAUCCAGAUAAUAGAAUUGGCUAUCCAAUGCAUGUAAAGAUAGCACGACGACGCUUCCAUUCCAAGACAGGCAAAACAUCGUUCGGUUGGAUAUAUAGUGGUUCGCACAACUUCAGUGCGGCUGCCUGGGGGCAAAUUGUUCACCUCCCGUCUCAAUCAAAAAUUCCUGGAGCUCGUGCUAUAGCUAAUGAGUUAAGCCCCAGAUUGCAUAUCUGUAACUAUGAGCUUGGUAUUCUCAUAGUUGUGCCUCCAUCAAAGGAAGUUGAUAAAGAGAGCCUGGGCUUGGAUGAGGUCAUCCUGCCAUUUGUAACUCCUGCACCAAAAUACAGAGAGGGUGAUAGGCCAGCAACAACGAAGGCCAUGAGAGAGGCCUUGGCUGAAGCUGCUGUUGCAGAGGGGGAAAUUUCUGCAGCUGUCUUUGCUGCAGAAGAUGGGGAUGUCCAGGGAGAAGAAGAAGUAGAAGAAGAAGAAGAAGAAGAGGGAAUCUCAGAGACGGCUGAGUUUGUUGCUGAAGAGAAGGAAGAGGAGAGAAUAUAUGCUGAGAUGCUUUGGAGCCAAAUGGACUCGUCUGAGAGUUAGCAUGGGGUAUAAGCUCUAAUAUGAUGAGAUGGAAUGCAUCACCUAAUGCAUCAUAGACAUCCAAGAUAUGCACACAAGAAUUGGAAAUUAAGUAAGUGCUCUUUACAUGUGAUUAUGCAGCUGAGAUCUUCUACAAAGGCUUGCUCACCUGUUAUCUCUUGGAUUACAUUUAAAUGUUUGAUAUGUAUCAAAUAUCAAUAACAGACAGCUUGCAUUUCAUUUGAUUCUGUGGCUGUAAAGAAUUAGCCAUCAUGCUGCUCUGUGAACUUUAUUAUGUAUACCAAGGUGAAGAAAGGAAAAACCUAUUAAUUUUUUUCUUA